AUGGAAGCAGGCAAUGAAACAGGCGUCUUAGAAUUCCUUCUUCUGGGAUUUUCAGAGGAACCCGAACUACAGCCCCUCCUCUUUGGGCUUUUCCUCUCUAUGUACCUGACCACAGUGUUUGGAAACCUGCUCAUCAUCCUGGCCACCAUUUCUGACUCCCUGCUCCACACCCCCAUGUACUUCUUCCUGUCCAACCUGUCCUUCAUAGACAUCUGCUUCACCUCCACCACCAUCCCCAAGAUGCUGCGGAACAUCCAGACCCAGAGCAAAGCCAUAACCUACACAGGAUGCGUCAUCCAGAUGUAUUUUUUCCUGCUCUUUGCAGUUUUGGACAUAUUUAUUCUGACUGCGAUGGCCUACGACCGCUUUGUGGCCAUCUGCCACCCCCUGCACUACACAGUCAUCAUGAACCCCCGGCUCUGUGGGCUCAUGAUUCUCCUGUCCUGGGUCAUGAGUGCCCUGAACUCCUUGUUAGAAAACUUACUGCUGUUGCGACUGUCUUUCUGUGCACAGGUGGAGAUCCCACACUUCUUCUGUGAAUUCAACAAGGUGCUCCAACUGGCCUGUUCUGACACCUUUCCUAAUGACAUGGUCAAGUAUUUUGUAGUUGUCUUGAUGGGUGGUGGCCCCUUUGCUGGGAUCCUCUAUUCUUACUCUAAGAUUGUCUCCUCCAUACGUAAAAUCUCGUCAGUUCAGGGCAAGUAUAAAGCAUUUUCCACUUGUGCAUCUCACCUCUCUGUGGUCUCCUUAUUUUUUUGUACGAGCAUAGGCGUGUAUCUUAGUUCUGCUGUGACUCACAGCUCACGCUCCAGUGGGGUUGCCUCAGUGAUGUACACUGUGGUCACCCCCAUGCUGAACCCCUUCAUCUACAGCCUCAGGAACAAAGACAUCAAGAGGGCUCUGAAAGGCUUCUUUGGGAUGAGAUGUGUAAAAGGGCAAUGGUACUAG